AUGGAUUUGUACGAACAGAUCGUCACUGAGUUGAUUGAGUUGCGAGAGUUGGGCGCCGCUCGCAGUCUUCUCCGCCAAACGGAUCCCAUGAUUAAGCUCAAGACCGAGACGCCCGAGAGGUAUAUCCAUUUGGAGACACUGCUGGCCAGGAGCUACUUCGACGCCCAGGAAGCCUAUCCCGAGGGCACCAACAAAGACAAGCGCCGGCAGCAGAUCGCGCAGAGUCUGAGCGGCGAGGUAUCAGUGGUGCCGCCGUCCAGACUACUGGCCCUCUUGGGUCAGGCGCUCAAAUGGCAACAACAUCAGGGGCUCCUACCUCCCGGCACUUCCAUAGACCUGUUUCGCGGUAAGGCGUCCAUCAGAGAGCAGGAGGACGAGACGCAUCCCAACGUAUUGUCCAAAAGCAUCAAAUUUGGUGCCAAAUCGCACGUAGAGUGCGCGCACUUCUCGCCCGACGGCCAGUACCUCAUCACCGGAUCCGUCGACGGCUUCAUCGAAGUCUGGAACUUCACCACCGGAAAGAUCCGCAAAGACUUGCGAUACCAGGCGAUGGAGAACUUCAUGCUUAUGAACGACGCGGUGCUGUGUCUCUGCUUCAGCCGCGACUCCGAGAUGCUUGCGAGCGGUUCCCAAGACGGCAAGGUUAAGGUCUGGAAACUACAGACCGGACAGUGUCUCAGGAGGUUCGAGAGGGCGCACACGAAGGGCGUCACCUGCGCUCACUUCAGCCGCGACUCGUCCCACAUAUUGUCGGCCAGUUUUGACGCCACGAUACGCAUCCACGGCCUCAAGAGUGGCAAACUGUUGAAGGAGUUCAAGGGUCACACCUCCUUCGUCAACGAAGUUAUCUAUAGCUUCGAUGGACACCAACUCAUAAGCGCCAGUUCCGACGGAACCAUCAAA